GAUGGCACGGCCGAAGGUCAGAUCCCUGACAUGGUAUUCGGGAUUUUCCUAUGCCGGGGAGAUCUCUUGUCGGAUGUCUGUCGUCACUGUGUAGUCUUCGCUGUCAACGAAAUCUUAAUUCGGUGUCCGAAUGAGAAAGAAGCCGUGCUCUAUUACGAGGAGUGCAUGCUCAGAUACUCUCACCAAAAUAUUCUAUCGACCGUUAUAUAUUCAGGAAGAUACAUCUUGAUGAACGCCACUAAUAUUUCAUCUAAUCAAGUAGACCGGUUCGGAGAUUCGGUGUCGUCCACGAUGAACCAAGCUGCCGUCAAGGCAGAAAACAAUUCUAGAAAGUUCUAUACAAUAAAGGCCAAUUGGACCACACUCCAGAGUUUGUACGUACUGGUUCAGUGUACUCCUGAUCUUAGGAGACAAGACUGCUUGACCUGUCUGCUAUCCUCCAUCAAUGGAAUGAUGCCUUUUAACAAAACUGGAGGAAGACUUCUUUACCCUACUUGUAAUACAAGGUACGAGCUUUACCAGUUCUACAACGAACCCGACAUUAGAAUACAGGAGGAUUCAGCUCCUUCACCGCGACCUGGAAAAGGCGGAAACUCCUCUGUCAUAAUCAUCGCUGUUGUUGUUACAGUCACUGCCAUGUCUCUUCUUUUCAUAGGUGUUUUUCUUGUCCGGGCUAGGAACACAAGGACGGUUUAUGAGACAGAACCACUUGCUGAAGACAGGGAUGAUAUUACAACCGCAGGUUCACUUCAAUUGGAUUUUAAGGCGAUUGAGGCAGCAACAGAUAAGUUUUCACUGAGGAACAAGCUUGGUCAAGGUGGAUUCGGCGAAGUUUACAAGGGUACAUUUCCUAGUGGAGUACAAGUUGCAGUGAAGAGGCUAUCGAAGACAUCAGGACAAGAAGAGGUUGAUGAUCGUCCAACUAUGUCAGCAAUCGUCCAAAUGCUCACUACUAGCUCGAUAGCUCUCGCCGUGCCUAGACCACCUGGAUUUUUCUUUCGGAGUAGGCAUGAACAAGUAGCAGAAGUUGGUCCAUCUACGGAUAUGUUUGCGCUCUGUUCUGUUGAUGAUGCCUCCAUUACUAGUGUAGCUCCUCGAUGAAGAGAAAACUAUUCAUAAAUCUAAAAGUUGUGCUCUAUGAUUUUUACAGCAAGAGCUUUGAGUGGUUGAGAUAGGUUGGACACACAUAACAACACCUGCUUUAUAUUUGGUAUGUCAUAUCUUACCGCAGCUGUACCUAAAAGAAGAGGAACUAAUCUUUUAAGAAUCAUCAAAAUAUAAGAAUUUAUGGCCA